GUAACUUCACAAAACGGGUCUUUACCAUUUUAGUCUGGUUUUAUGUGGGCAUAAACUUUACACUAGCAGCUGUUGUAAAAGUUAAGACUAGUUUCGACAGUGUUUCUUUCUUCAGUAAGAUUUUGUCCUCUUUAGAAGACGGUAAUAAGAUAGACGGUCACUAGUCCGCGCAUUUGAAUAACUUUAUUGAGGUACACGUUGUAAAACGGUUCUACAAAAGUGAUAUACUUUGAUAAGUGUUGUGAUUUUCGCUACUUUUGGAUUAAGGGACAUAAGAAAAAUUAAUACAGAUACAUGGUUGAUGUCAAUCUCACUUGAUAGCAUACCUUGUAUAGAAACUGACUAGCGGACAAAACACAAAAAAAAAACGAAAAUAACAAUAGAUAAACAUGGAAGUAGUUGCAGCGACCCCUGGAGGGGCUCCCUUUCACGAUCACGACGUUCGCGAAUGGUCCAGAAUCGAUUCGAUCACUGGUGCUCUCGAACGAGCAAGAUUAGAAACCGAUCAUUGGUCAGCAAAUACGAUCAAUUCUUCUCAUAAAUAUGGCAAGGUAGUGGACUCGAGAGCUCGAACUGACGCAGACGGUGCUCUCCACCAGAGCGCCAGACGACAAUUGGAAGUCUUCUCCAGCGAAAUACCUGGGGGACGACUGCAAGUUAUCAAAACGCAUACGGUUUCUUCGAGUAAGUGGAGUUCGUCGGGCAGUAGCAAGGAUUUUGAAAAUUUACAGCUCUCUAUCAAUCCACUGGAUCUAUCGUCACAAAAAUCGAAAGCGUCAGUUGGUAGAACUGCAGUCAGACGACCUCCAACGCGCCAACGAACGAAAGAACCUCUCCAACCAUCGUCAGAUCUCACAGACCAUUUGCGCAACGCUCACAUCACCGCAGCAACUAAUCUUCAUCGAGUUUCACGACUCUGUCAUCAAAUACACGAAUCAGCGGUAAGACAGGCAUUUGGGAGAAGAUCACCUCGGCCUACUAUAUCUGAUCGAGAAAGUGGAGAUGGUGGUGUCGAAAUAUACGAAAUAGAAAGUGUAUCGAGUGAAAACAAUAACAGUAAUAGUAAUACCGUUAAUGGACAUACUAACCUUGUACGAACAAAAAGCAGCAGUAGUGAUGACAUAAGUUUAAUACCAGAGAAAGAUACAAAUGGGAAUAAGAGCAUCGAAGAUUUGGAAGAUCUAGAGCAACUUCAAACGUGGAGGAGAACAUCCAAAAUAAGAAGAUCUCUACAAUUUCCAAAGCAAGCUUCAAAACCAUCUAGUCCUAAACCUGUAGAUCUGCCAGAAAGUUUAGGCAACGUAAGAAAGAUUCGGGAGGAGUUGGAAAAAGGAAGAAGACUGAAUACAGCCUUAAGAAAUAACAGUGUAGAUUUAGAUGCUUUAGAUCAAAUUUUGCAGUCGAUUUCAAGCUCCAGUAGUGAUAAAGCAAGUGAAGAUCUAGAUUUGGAGUUAUCUAAGAAACAAAAAAGGAAUUCGUUUGUUACUGUUGAGUCUAUACAGGAAAUCAAAGGAAGGUUAAGGAAAACUAGUUCACCAACUAAUGACAUUUAUAAGGUUAAUGGUAAAGACGAUGAUCCUGAUGACGGUAUAGUAACAGAAGAAACAUCUCCCAUAAAAGAAAACGAAAUGCCUUUAGUCGAAAACUCCCGAGUACGUUCGUACGUAUACGGGAUGGAAGCCUUACUCAACAAAAAGCCCGGAAUAGGUACUGGCAGUCUGGAGUCCCGAGUAAAACUAAUACCUACUAACAAAAACGAAGACUGGUACAAUCGAAGAAAAUCGUACGGAUUUGAAAAAGUCCACAAUCACAACGACUCACAAAGCUCAAUUUCAUUGAAAAACAAAAAUUUUGUGGAGAGUUCCACGGAUAGUGGUAUUUGUAGAUCUACUGAAAUUGUUGUUCCUGUUAAGAAAAACGGGUUUAAAGAAAAUGAAUUCAGUUCAGAUGAACAAAACGAUUUGGAACAGAAGUAUAACGAAUACGAUAACAACAGUAAACAUCAACUUGGACAGGUUAAGAGAAUAGCCAGUUCAUUCAACCAAGAAGACUCCUCACCAACGAACAAAAACGAGAACUGGAAGAAAAGCCAUUUCGACUGGUCAAACUCACCGACUGAAUUGAAAUCUACUACAAUAACAAUCCCAAUUUCCAAAAACAACAAUAUAGUGGAUUUGUCGUGGAACGAUACGGAUAGAGAACAGCUCAAGGACAUCAAGCGCCAUUCUAUUGCUGUCGAUGAAUCCAAAUAUGUAACAAGAAAUAACAAUAACAAUAGCUUUCGACGUAUUAGUUUAGCGUUAAACGACCAGGUUAGGCCAGAUGAUGACGAUAAUAAUAUGCGGAAAACGAAAAAAGUUGAAUUUUGCAAGACGGAAGUGCAUUUCGCUGCCGAGUCUGGAAAAGUCAAUAUAGUAGCCACUGAUGAAAAGCCACCGCCUACUCAGAAUUUUAGGAGGCGACGUAGGAAUUCGGGGUCUACUAUGGAGGAUUUUAACAAAAACGGAUUGCCAUUACUACAUUUCGGAGAUACGACAUUCGAAAAACCACUUUUUUCGAACUCAGAAGACUCACCGACAGAUUCUUUGUACGAAAACUUACAAUCUCGAAUCUCCACGAACUAUGGACUAGUGACAGUUAACUCGAAUAACGCCAUAACCACCGACAUAUCCGAAGAAGACAAAAAAGAAUUAACCGAGAGCGAAAUAAAAGGGAUAUUGAAAAAUAAACCCAACAAACCGAAGCCGUAUCAUCUUGGAGAGACAGUUCCGUUUGGAGAGAAUAUGUCUGACGAGGACAGCAAAUGGGGAGUUAGAUUAAGGCACAUAGAAAAACCCGAAGUUCCUAUUUGGAAAUCAACUGUGACUGUGCAUAAUUAUAAUUUUGUUAAUCAAGAAAAAGAAAACGAACCUGAAUUCCAAAAACUUCUGAAAAACCUGCGACCGACUCGACAAACUGAUUACACGAGUGACAGUGAGAUGAAAUAUUUCGACGGGCACAAUAUUACUAACAUCAAUAACAGUAUUAACGGUAGAGCACCUUCUUGGCCCAGUCCUGAAAAACUCGAACCUUCGAAAGAGGUGAAAGGGAUGGAAAUUAAGGGGUAUUCUACCAAGAUUUGUUUAAGGGAGGGAGAAGCGAUGGUGGUCGAGAGCGACGGAUACGAAAGAGAAAAGCCAUCCAUUAGGCCUCGCAUAGAGAAUUUGAGGAAAGACUCCAAACAUCUUCUCAAUAAAAGCCUAGUGGUCCGUAUCGGCAAAGAAGAUUCAGCGCUCAAUCACACCCUGUGUUCGAAAAUGUCAACGACAGAAGACAGGAACAAUACAACUACUACAACAAAAAUCACUAUCGAUCUCUCGCCAUCUCCACCAACAGUAGUAGAAAAGCCUUUCUCCUACACCAAGUAUCAACGAUCUCAACCCUCUAGUUUCAAGUCUACCUCCUUAAUACUAAACACUAUUAACAAUAACGGUAACAACUUUAAGACUGCAGAGAAACAAGACAGUAUUCCUAAAGAAUUAGAAGCACUAAAGAAACUUUAUGAAGACGUCCAGAGUGACAGCGAUGCCGAUAAAGAAGUGCAGUAUUUGCUUUCCAGAGCAACCACUGAUAGCAGCCUUGAAAAUGAUAAUAGCAGCGUCCUGAGUGGCAGUUGGAGUAAGAUGAAAACUUAUAGGAAUAUUAAUAGUAUUAAAGAAGCUACUACUACUAGAUUAGGUGCUAAAAUAGAAAAAGAUUCGUUAGAGCGACUAAGGCAACCAGAAGUUAUGCCACAAACAACGAAAACCCAAGAAAUAUCCAGAAAACAGAGUACAGUAAAUAUAAUUAGGUCACAUCUUUCGCCAAAUCCAGUAAGAAGAACACCUAUUAGUAGGCCAGAUCUCAGGCCAAGUGAGCAACUUUCUAGUCCUUCCAUAGUAAAUAAAAACAAAAGUGUAGAAGUAACAAAAAUGACAGAAAAGAGGUCGAUAGAAAAUUCCAAUUCAAAUCUAGAAAAUAGAAAAGUUUAUCCUAAACCUGCAGACGGAAUAGUACUCAGAACGCCGAAAAAGUCUGAAAUGACAUACUUCGGAGUUAAUGUUUCUCCUAAACCGGUGAAGAAAGUCUCCCAAGCUGUGAUACGAAAAGAAAACAGACUAUUAGAAAAACCAGAUCUCAUUCAGCACCAUAAAAAAUCCCCUUCUCCAAUUAGGAAACCAUAUAAAUCGCCUUCGCCUAUCAGAAAGGUUCAUAAGUCACCUUCUCCUGUCAGAAGAAACCAAAAAUCUCCAUCACCAACGCGGAAUGGACGAAAGAGCCCUACAAAGAAUGUGUCUGAACCAAUUUAUGAAAAUAUUAAGAAUAAAUAUGGUAGAGAGUUUGACAGUAGUAUUUUGGAAGAAUUGACAAAAGCUGCUGAUCAAAUAUUGCAGGCUGUAAAUGGAUAUACAGACGAAGAAGUGCAUAACAGGUUAUCCUCAGACGAUGAAGAUAAUUCACAUAAGAAUAGAUUAGAAACAAUCCUAGAAACUAAAUCUAUGCAUCAAAAAUCAUCGACAACGCGACAAAAGGUAUCAAAUGUUAAAACGAAAUUAAAUCCAACGUCGCCAACUUCCUCCAUAGAAAGUCUUAAUAGGAAAAAAGGAACAUCUGAACCCAAGACAAAACCUUGUUACGAGAAACAUAGAAGAAGGACUGAGCGAGUAGAGAAGACCGAGAAAAUUGAGAAAGUGGAGCAGACCUCUACAAAGGCUGCUAAUACAAGAGCUAGAAGGCUCCAAAGAGCGAGCAGUAGAGAAGCUCUUCUUAGGUCAAAUGGAUCAUCCUCUGAAGAUUUACCAACAAAAAUUGAACCCCCAAGAAAACCUAGGUUGAUAAAGAAAACAAAAACAACGCAAUUAAGUAUGAGUAAUGGUAUAGAAAUGAAAAAACAUCCAAACACUAAUGUUGGUAGGCGGAAAGAAGACAGCGGUAGUAAAAAUGGAGAAGAAAGAAUAUUAAACAGCUUGCCAGAAAUUCGACAUAAAACAGCUAUAUCUACUAUUAGAAGUACAUCAGAAAAAACUGCUAGGGAUAGAUUAAAGCAUAAAACAGAAGACGUAAAAAGAAAAACACCGCAGAAAAGAGAAACAGUCAAAAGUGUAACACCUUCAUCUAGAUCCGAACGAGAAAAGUCUAGUAAACAAUCGCCAUCCCUCCACAAGGAGACAGUAACUCACCGAAUAUCUACAGCGUAUGUACCAGUUUGUAGAAAUAGAAGUCGAAAUAUGCAUGCCAGGCAGCAAGACACAGAUUGCCCCUGCUUAUGUUCAUGACAUUUACUAUGUUAGUAAUAUCAAGAAAUGUUAUCGCUCGGAAGGAAGUACUCGACACUGAUAAGAGGCGUCAGUAAUGACUGCAGUACCGUCUGCAAGCAUGUGCAAAAUUCCUGCCGGAUAAGAGCUCAAGUUCCUAAGUAGUCGUUUGGUCCAAGAAGACGAAUCCCAACGAAGUUUAAUCAUUACUUUUGCCAGAUAACUCUUUGUACAUUAAUGCUUUUUUAAUGCUUUACAUUAUUGUUUAGACAUGUUAAUUAUUAUUGUUUUCUCUUGUAUUUAUUUUUAAAUAUAUUCUCAAAUAAUUGUGAUUUUAAACUGCUUUUGGUUUUGUGAUUUUUAUACAAUAAACUUUUAUUAAUAAUUAGACAAUAA